CGAAUACCUUGCACACGGAAACGCGUACGUAACCAAGUAGCUGUGUGUACUAGUAGCGUAACGAAGAAAGCAACUACGUUUCUUUAUCUCUGUUUAUCAUUUUUUGAUAUUAUAUUAUUUUUCAAACAAUUGGAAACUGCAGAGUGAGGAAAAUAAAAUGUCAAGUGGACCGACACAUAAGUAUCGUUAUAAAAAUGUGGGCUUAGACUCACAGGAAUUAAGACGACGUAGAGAAGAAGAAGGUGUGCAAUUAAGAAAACAAAAGCGUGAACAACAAUUAUCAAAAAGACGUAAUGUACCUAAUAUUGUUACCGAUGAGGAUAAUCUUGCCACUGCAGAUGAAUAUUCUAUACCUACACCACAAUUACAAAGUGUUGUUAUAACAAAAAAAUUGGUACAAGCAUUAUACAGUCCUAAUGUAGAAGAUCAAUUAGCAGCUACUCAGAAAUUCAGAAAAUUAUUAUCCAGAGAACCAAAUCCUCCUAUAGACGAAGUUAUACAUACAGGAAUAGUACCUCGAUUUGUGGAAUUUUUGAAAAAUGAUAGUAAUUGUACGCUCCAGUUUGAAGCGGCUUGGGCUUUGACAAAUAUUGCAAGUGGGACAUCUCAACAAACGCGCAUGGUAAUAGAAACAGGAGCUGUACCUACUUUCAUAUCGUUACUCAGUUCUGAGUAUGAAGAUGUACGAGAACAAGCAGUUUGGGCUUUGGGCAAUAUUGCAGGAGAUAGUCCUGAAUGUAGAGAUCAUGUUAUUAGUUGUGGUGUCCUUACACCACUUUUACAACUUCUUUCUAAAACUGCACAUUUAUCUAUGACACGGAAUGCUGUAUGGGCAUUAUCAAAUCUUUGUCGUGGCAAAAACCCUGCACCUGUAUUUUCAAAAGUGGCACCAUCCUUACCAGUUUUAGCUCAUCUUCUUAAUCAUCCAGAUUCAGAUGUUCUUGCCGAUACUUGUUGGGCUUUGUCAUAUUUAAGUGAUGGGCCAAACGAUAAAAUACAAGCAGUUAUAGAUGCUGGUGUUUGUAGGCGCCUUGUAGAACUUUUGAUGCGUGAAGAGAGCAAUGUAGUAAGUGCAGCUCUUCGUGCUGUUGGUAAUAUAGUUACUGGAGAUGACGUGCAAACUCAAGUCGUACUAAAUUGUUCAGCGCUCCCUUGUUUAUUACAUCUUUUGAAUUCUUCACGGGAAAGCAUACGUAAGGAAGCUUGUUGGACAGUAUCUAAUAUCACUGCUGGUAACCCUCAGCAAAUACAGGCUGUUAUUGAUGCUAACAUUUUCCCUGUAUUAAUUGAUAUAUUAGGAAAAGCCGAAUUUAAAACUCGAAAAGAGGCAGCUUGGGCAAUCACAAAUGCUACCAGCGGUGGUACUCCUGAACAAAUUCGUUAUCUUGCUUCACAGAGAUGUAUUUCACCAUUGUGCGAUUUGUUAACCGUUAUGGAUGCAAAAAUUGUGCAGGUUGCAUUAAAUGGUUUAGAAAAUAUUUUACGUCUUGGAGAACAAGACGCUAGUAUGCACAAUGGUAUUAAUCCUUACGCAGUAUUGAUCGAAGAAUGUUAUGGCCUAGAUAAAAUAGAAUUCCUACAAUCUCAUCAAAAUAUGGACAUUUAUCAAAAAGCUUUUGAUAUCAUCGAUCGAUACUUUGGUUCCGAGGAAGAAGACACUAGAAUCGUUCCAUCUAUUGAUUCGCAAGGACAACAAUUUCAAUUCACAGCACCCGAUUCUUCUCAACUUCCAGUCGAAGGCUUCGAAUUCUAAAUGAUUAAUUAUUGAUUGAAACCUGGAAUACGUGCUUCUGAAUACGAUGUUCCACGCUAUCUUUUACGAUCCUUAAUCUCAUGAGAAAUGUAAUAUCUCUAAAACUGAAAUACCAACUAGCUGUACGAGUUUUCUCAUACAUUGUAUUAUUACAAAUGCUUUUGAGUUCGUAUUCAUCAAAAAAUAUCAAUAGUACCCCCCUUUAAAAGUACUAGAUUUUUCACAUAACAAUGAAGAUGCAAAAUGAAUAUUUAUCGUAAUU